AUGAAUGAUGAGUUGAUUCAAAUUGAUCAAUUGGAAGAUCAGAUAAUUGAUCAUCCAGACGAACGGACGCGGAAAGAGUUACACGACACAUCUCUAGAUGAAACUUUUCAGAAGAAAUUGAGUGCCAAAGCCAAAGAAUUUGAGUCGUCAUCGCCGAUGAAUGAUGAAUUUGGAGAGGCUGAUGACAGUAUCAGUCAUGAUACAUCUAUGGGAUACCAAUUCUUGAUCACUAAACUGCAUUUGAAUUACCAUCAUCAAGAGUAUGGGGAUAUGCAGCAGGAGAUCUCUGAGUGGUUUACUUUCCAUGAUUUGAAAUUUAUUGGGGGGUUGGAUAUUUUAUUAGAUAGUUUUGAGCUGAAUCAUGACAUGGAGGAAUUGACGACGAGAUUGUUGGGAAGUAGUAUCGGUGGCGAUUUGUCUUGCUUGAAAAAUGUAUUGUAUUUUUCAUUUGGAGAGUAUGCAUCGAAAUCAACAGUUGAAGAGCAAGUGAGGCAAAUUAUUGCAAAUAACUUGAAAUUGUUGGAGUUGGAGGUUUACAAGCCACUAAUUACUAUGUUGCUAGAUUUUAUGAAAACGAGGAUUGACAAAGAUACUUCAGAGAUUACAAACUGCACUAUAUCAAAAAGGGUUGAGGUGAACUAUUUUCGUGUAUUAACCUUAUUGUACAUUUUGGUACUAACAGCAUUGCACAACCCUCAAGAACUGAAACAAUUUCGGAAGUUUUUGCUGUUGUGUAGCCUCUUGGAAUCUGUUGUACAAUUUAUUGAGCAUUGGAAAUGGCAUCAUAAUAACAGCUAUCGUGUGAGAUACUUGGUACUCUUAUUGAACAAGUUGUUGCUCCUUGAAUUUGGUGACAAAGACCAGCUUGCUUCUUGCGACGCGUUUCUCAAUCAAUUGCAUCAUAUCAAAACAUUUGACAAUUCAAACACCGGUAAACCUGUAUUAAAGUGCUCGCCAUUGGAUUAUUUUGCAUUCCGGCAGGAUUUGUUAGACAAGUAUCCCUUGUAUGAACUCGGUGGAGUUAAAGAUUUACAAGACACAUGGUUAAACAAGCUGACAGAUUCGUCGAUUGAAGAACGAUAUAAAACGUUUAUGGCUGUUAAUGCGUACUCCAACUCAUUGUCUAAUAGUAUUGAAAUUCCCAAGACCAAUAAAUCACAUACUGUGCUUGGUCAACUACCGGCACAGCCGGUACACAUUGCCACUCCUUUGCCCUCGCCAAAAUUAAUGUCAUCGGAUUUCAUGUCUGGUGGUGAAAAGAUUAGAAAGUCGUAUCAAGUCAACCAAUCGAUGCCAUUCAUAUAUCCAAAUGAGUACCAAGAUGAUUGCAGCUCAAAUGUACCAUAUGCUAUGUUGGAGGCAGAUGAGAUUUUGAAAAAUUCCGUAUAUGAGAGCUAUUCAGUGAAGCGAUUGUGGAGUGAACGUGAAAAAUUUAUGAAACAAGAACGAGGGUAUGUUGACGCGUAUGACGAUAAAGAUGAAUUUGACUACUCUUUUGGUGAGUUGAGACUUGAGCGUCCAGAAAACAUUGCUGAGAUUGAUAGUCUUGAACGAGUUGAACGGUUUUAUUCAGAAACGUUCUUUCGACUCCACUCCAUUAUUGAGGUGUUUAUGGAGAUUAUCAAGGCUAAUCGAAUCGAUAGGAAUUUGAGCUUGUACGAAUUUGAACUAAACCCAGCCACUUCAUUUAUGGUCAAAUCAACGACACCUCAUGAAAAUGACGAGGCUAUAAUUAAAGUUGAGCAGCUCUUGUUGCUGCAGUUGGAAGUGAUGAAUGUCAAGGAGAUAAUGACAAAGACAGCAGUGGGCAUAAUAUUGAGAUUGCUCCAAUGGUUUAAAAAGAGCCAUGUUUUGAAAUACUAUUACCUUUCGUCGCUUCUUUUUGAUCAGCAGUUUUUCAACAUCAGUUUGGACUUUAUUAGUAAUGGUUUCAACAAUCCAAAUAAUCAAAGCCUAUCGCAUCAAACGGGUGAAAAGAGGGACGAUUUGUUGGAGUAUGAGAUGAUGGUUAAUCAGAACAAGUUAAUGAAUCCACAAAUUAAGAUCCCAAAACUUGAAUUUUUCCACAAUUGUCUUCGGAUGGAUCCCAAAUCUUCUGACUAUACUUUUAUCAACAAGAGUUUUAUUCUGGAGCUUCCCAAACAAUACGAUUCGAAAAAACUUAGCCAUGUGUAUAUUUCCAACUUCAAUCACAACUUCGCAUCCAUUUUGGCCGACAUGUUGGAAAUCAACAACAAGAUCCUCAUCAAGAACCAAAGUCAUCGGAUCUUUUCCAUGAACGAUAUCAAGCCCUCAGAAUUGUUCAAGAUGAUUCUCAUCAAUUACGAUAAUGAAGCAUUUUCCCACUCGAUACUCAAGAUUUUGAAGAAAUUAGUUCCGUACCAAGGCCGUAAAUGGAAAAGCAUGAAUAUGGACCUCAUUAGCACUAUUUACUUGAAUUGCAAGCUAUCAAUGAAGGAUAAUUGGUUGAGUGGGAAGGAUUUGGGGAGUGAGUUUCAUAAUAGUUAUGAUCAGGAGGUUGCGUUGAGAGCGUUGUUGCAGUUUUAUAAUAUCAAGAGGUAUAGUGGUGACAAGCUAGGGUAUAAGUUGAAUCGCAGUGACAAUUUAGCAGAUAUCCCAUUGUUGAAUUUGAAUGAUUUGGAGUUGGAAUAG